GCUCUGUCAUCCCAAACACCCCCCCACUUUCAUGACACCUGAGCGCUGAAUCUGCCCUUAUGCUGCUGAGGUUCUACUUCAAUGGCCUUCUGUUUGUGGGCUGCCUGCUGUCCUGGGGGAGAUCAGAUACAGAAGAACAAUGCCAUACCUUUACAGAUCUCAAUAUACACAACUCCAUUAUUGGAACGGGGCUGAAAGUGCAAUUACUCCUUUAUACGAGAGAGAACCCAAAGUGUGCCCAAGAUUUAAAUGUAGACAAUUCUACGGGCUUCCAGUACCUGAAUGUUACAAGGAGGACUGUUUUUAUUACCCAUGGCUACAGGCCAACAGGGUCCCCGCCAGUAUGGAUAGACGAUAUUGUAAAAAAGUUUCUCGAUAUCCAGGAUUUCAAUGUCAUCGUUGUGGACUGGAACCGCGGAGCUACGACUGUCUUGUACCAUAAUGCUGCAGCCAAUACAAGAAAAGUUGCAGACAUUUUAAAAAGAUUUAUCGACAAUAUGCUGAGCCAAGGGGCAACACUGGAUUCCAUCUACAUGGUCGGAGUAAGCCUUGGGGCACAUAUAUCUGGAUUUGUUGGGAAAAUGUACAACGGCUCUAUUGGGAGAAUUACAGGCCUUGAUCCCGCAGGACCACUAUUUAAUGGGAAGCCCCCAGAAGAAAGACUGCACUAUACAGAUGCCCAAUUUGUGGAUGUGGUUCACUCAGACACUGAUGGGCUCGGGUACAAGGAGAGUUUGGGACAUAUUGAUUUCUACCCUAACGGAGGAACUGACCAGCCUGGCUGCCCGAAAACCAUAUUAGCUGGGUCUGAAUAUUUUAAGUGUGAUCACCAGCGAUCUGUGUUUUUGUACAUCGCCUCGCUAACAAAAAGCUGCGACCUUGUUGCUUUUCCUUGCAAAAGCUACAGAGACUACCGGAUUGGAAACUGCACUGACUGCAAGGAAUUCCUGCCCCUGUCCUGCCCAGUUUUAGGGUUUUACGCUGAUAAGUGGAAAGAUCAUCUAGUGAAAAGGAAUCACCCGGGGACAACAGCUUUCUUUGACACAGCGGCUAAGGAUCCAUAUUGCAUAUUUCAUUAUUAUCUGGAUUUCAUGACCUGGAGCAGCCAAAUCAGAAGGGGCUAUAUUACCAUUAAACUGACAUCUCUUGACGGGAAUGUAACUGAGUCAAAGCUGGACAAGGAUGCUGCAGUGUUUGAACAGUAUAAAGAAGAGAGCCUGCUUGCCAAAUUUGACCAAGAUAUGGACCCAAUAUCCAGAAUUUCUGUCACCUUUACAACUGGAUCUGUCAUAGGCCCCAAGUAUAAACUGAGAGUUCUGAGAAUGAGGCUAAGACCGUUCACUAACCGAAACAGACCCAUACUGUGUCGUUAUGACUUUGUGCUACUGGAAAACAUAGAGACAGAAUUUAUUCCAAUCCCCUGUGAAGACACAAACCUUUAAUUGGAAUGAAAAACCUCUGAAACUCCAUCUGACAGAUCAAUGUACAUCUCAAAAAAUGUUUCAUAAAUGUGUUCAUUUUAGAGCCAGUUGCUCCAUUACAGAUCACUGGAUAUCAACACAAAUAUAGGGUAUGUAUCCCCUUGCACAUUUUGGGGGUGUCUCCUGAUAUUUAAGGCGUGAGCCUGGGGAAGAUGACGAUUGCGGCCAUGUACCUGUGUAGCUCUAUAUAUUCAGAUCUGUUUGCACAUACAGAAGGCUGGAAGGCAGUAAAUGAGUGCCGGCAUAGGAAAGACUACAGUAGGCUACUUAUAUAUUAUACAGUUCCUGUGUACAGUAUAAGCAAAGCCUUAAAAUACUCUAUACUGAAGGAGUUCAAUAUUUAUUUUAAAAUGCGACUCUCCAGUCUCUGUAUAUAAAAUGAAAAGUUGUAACUUUUGUACAAUUAAUGGCUGGCAGAUCCUGUGUUUCGAUUUCUGUUCUUCAACAUGUUCUGCUGCAUAGUUCUGAGAGCUGAUUAAAAUGGGGAAUCUGAUGUUUGAUGGAGAAGCUGUGACUGCAAUUAGUAUUUAAAGUUCAUUCACUUGCAGUUCCUCAUCUCACCACUCAUGAAUGGAGCAUCUCCCAGAGAGAGCAGAAUCCCUCAUUUCAAUUAAAUGGUAGAAUUUAACAACAUAUUUUUCCAUAACAGGGUUAUAACACCUGAACCUGUAGGAAAUGUGUAAAGUUUAAUGAAAAUGUGAACACUUUGCUAUAUCACGGGCAUUUAUACACUGUUUUAUAUAUAUAUAUAUAUAUAUAUAUAUAUAUAUAUAUAUAUAUAUAUAUAUAUAUAUAUAUAUAUUGUCUUAUUUUUAUAUUUAUAUAUCUGUGAUUGCAAAUGAUGAAGUUCUAGGAAAUGUGAAUAACUGCAUAAACAUUACAUUUGUACGGUUUUGUAUAUAAUAAAUUAUUCAUGUUGAACAGG